AUGGAUUCUGUAUUAACCAAUAAGAACCCAAUUAUUUAUCCGAAGAGAACACGGCGUUAUCGUACUGAUCAGAGCAGUACCGAUGAGUUUUCAUCUACAAAUCGUAUAAGAGAUAUCAAAGAUCCAGAGCAUCCUGAACUUUCUUUGGAAGAUCUCAAUGUUCUUACUGAAGAAUCAGUUGAAGUUGAUGAUCACAAGAGUUACGUUAGAAUUACAUUCACUCCAACUCUUCCUCAUUGUCACUUGCCAACCCAUAUUGGUCUUUGCAUCUUAGUCAAACUUGUGCAAAGCUUACCUGCUAGAUUCAAGGUUGAUGUGAGAGUAGCACCAGGGAGUCAUGAUAAAGAGACGACAGUCAAUAAACAACUUGGGGAUAAAGAACGUGUGACUGCAGCAUUAGAGAAUCCCGAGUUGGUGGCUCUGCUUAAUAAAAUGAUGCAAGUGUGUUAGUUUGAUUCAUCUAAGUUUCGGCACAUCGUCUAUAUAUGAUUUACCUCUGUCUUCAGUUUCUUGUUUCAAUCUCUUCUAUGACAUUAACUCAAAACAAGAGCCUCGUAACAUUUACUCUGUUUUUCACUUUAUUCUCAAAUAUCUAGUCACAACUUGUCAUUGCUAAAUGAUUAAAAUAUGGUAUGAAAAGUCGUUGGUGUU